GGUGGUAGUGUUGGGGCGGGGCCUCGCCCACUUGUUCCUACGCCCCUUUCCGCGCGAGGAGGUGGGACGAGAGACGACGGCGAUCCACGGCCAAUGGCGAUUGCCGGUCUCGGUCGGUCGCACUCGCGCUCGCGCGCGGGCGCCUCGUGGGUCGCGGGUUUCCCAGGACGGGAAGUCGCUCGCGCGGUCGCCUUCUUUAUUUGGCUACCUCCUCCUCCUCUCCCCUCCCCACCCAUCUCGCCCUCGUCUCGUCUCGUCUCUCCACUCCCCCACCUCCCAUCCGCUACUGCUAGUACUACUACUACCCGGCCUCUCGCCUUCUCGCGCGGCCGCGAUUUCCGUUCGCAAAUCCGCACCCACGGCGGCGCGAGGUCGCCGUCGUCGUCGAGCCAUUUCGGGGGGGUAGUUUAUAAGGGCUUGCGCGAGGAGGGGGAGGAGUAGCGGGUAGCGGCGGCUCGAGUCGAGUCGUCGUCGUCGUCGGCGGCGGCGGUCGAGAGAGAUCGGGAUCGAUGGUGCGGGGGAGGACGGAGCUGAAGCGGAUUGAGAACCCGACGAGCCGGCAGGUGACCUUCUCCAAGCGCCGGAAUGGCCUCCUCAAGAAGGCGUUCGAGCUCUCCGUCCUCUGCGACGCCGAGGUCGCCCUCAUCGUCUUCUCCCCCCGCGGCCGCCUCUACGAGUUCGCCAGCGCCCCCAGCCUACAGAAAACCAUCGACCGCUAUAAAGCAUACACAAAGGAUCAUGUCAACAAUAAGACAAUUCAACAAGAUAUCCAGCAAGUCAAAGAUGAUACUUUAGGCUUGGCCAAGAAACUUGAAGCUCUUGAUGAGUCCAGACGGAAAAUAUUGGGAGAAAAUUUAGAAGGAUUCUCUAUUGAAGAACUGCGUGGUCUAGAAAUGAAACUUGAGAAGAGCCUCCACAAGAUAAGACUAAAGAAGACCGAGCUUCUGGAGCAGCAGAUAGCCAAGCUGAAAGAGAAGGAGCGGACUUUGCUUAAAGACAACGAAAAUUUACGCGGAAAGCAUCGCAACCUUGAGGCUGCGGCGCUGGUGGCUAACCACAUGACGACGACGACGGCGCCGGCGGCGUGGCCGCGGGACGUGCCUAUGACGAGCAGCACAGCCGGCGCCGCCGACGCCAUGGACGUGGAGACUGAUCUGUACAUUGGAUUGCCCGGCACUGAGCGCUCCUCCAACCGGUCGGAGACAGGUUGAAGAAGGCCAGCCACAGCAACAGCUGCUAUAUAGCAUGCAGUAGCAGCAACGACGCCAGUGACAUCCUGUUCAUCUCACAAGAAUAACCAGAGCUCUACGCAUGCGCACAUGAAACCCAGGCAUGCAGUUCUCGGUGGGUAAAUUAUUAUCUCGCAUUAUUAGCUAUAUGCGUGUCCUUGUCUUUUUCUUUAGGCAAUGGAAUAAAAUUUCCGGUAAGUACAAACACAAACGGAAACAAAGAAUUAACAAAGCUGUAGCAGACCAGAUCGGCAAAUUGAAAUGCCAGGUAAUCCAGUAUAUAUUUCGCUUCCAGCUGCCUCUA